AUGAUUGCUAUGAUGAACAGGCAAUACGAAGCCGCUAUCCAACUUCUCAAUUGCAGACGUGCCAGUGCGCAGCCGAGUUUGAAGCAAAUGAGAGGUUCGGAUGAUAUGACAAAAUGGUUGGAAUUACUCGGUUAUUCUCAACUCGAUCUGGGAACGCUGAACGUCAUACAUGUAGCCGGCACCAAUGGGAAAGGUAGCACCUGCGCGUAUAUCUCGUCCAUACUCCAGAGCUUCGGGUGCAGGGUCGGACUCUAUACUUCACCACAUCUUCUUAGCAUACGUGAAAGGAUACGUAUCAAUGGCAAGCCGAUAGAGGAAGACGCCUUUGCGAGUGCAUUUUUCGAAAUAUGGGAUAAACUGCCACGUGAGCCUAGUGCCGACAUGGACAUCCCUCGAUACCUCCAGCUUUUGACCCUUCUCUCUUUCCAUAUCUUUCUCAAAGAAAAGGUUGAUGUUGCAGUCUAUGAACCACACAUGGGUGGCGAGUACGAUGCAACGAAUGUCAUAUUAUCACCCGUAGUGACAGCGGUGACUCGAAUAGCGAAAGACCAUGUCAAAUUCCUUGGACCCACUAUUAGAGACAUCGCUUGGCACAAGGCAGGCAUCUUUAAGCCUGGUUGCCCGGCUAUCUCAUCGCCCCAAGAGCAAAUCAUUGCUGAGGUUCUUGAGCAGCGUGCAAACGAGAAAAAUGUGACGCUGUCAUUUGUUGAGCCUGAUUCAUCACUGCCAGUGGUAGGAUUUCAGAAGGAAAACUGCUCACUUGCCAUAGCAGUCGCCCGGAAAUGGAUAUCACUCAGGUUUCCUGACAGAUUGACGAACCUGGCUGAAUGCAUCAAUCGUGGCAUUCAGGGACUUGACUGGCCUGGUCGUUACCAGCAGAUAGAAGAAGGCAAUCACAGAUGGUUCCUUGACGGUGCUCACAAUGAAUCAGGGCUGGCCACUGCGGUGUCAUGGUUUGCCGAGAUGAGCAAAUUACAAAGGUAG